GCAGUUACUGAGAACUCACAAGACGAAGCUAAAAUCCCUCUUCGGAUCCACAGUCAACUGCCCUGAACACAUCCUGCAAAAAGCCCAGAGAAAGGAGCGCCAUGGAUUACUACAGAAAAUACGCAGCUGUCAUUCUGGUCACAUUGUCGGUGUUUCUGCAUGUUCUCCAUUCCGCUCCUGAUGGAGUGCAGGAUUGCCCAGAAUGCCAGCUACAUGAAAACCCAUUCUUCUCCCAGCCGGGUGCCCCGAUACUUCAGUGCAUGGGCUGCUGCUUCUCUAGAGCAUUCCCCACUCCACUAAGGUCGAAGAAGACGAUGUUGGUCGAAAAAAAUGUCACCUCAGAGUCCACUUGCUGUGUAGCUAAAUCAUAUAACAUGGUCACGGUAAUGGGGAGUCUCAGAGUGGAGAACCACACGGCAUGCCACUGCAGUACUUGUUAUUUUCACAAAUCUUAAAUGUUUUGCCAAGUGCUGACUUGAUGACUGCUGAUUUUCUGGAAUGGAAAAUUAAGUUGUUUAGUGUUUAUGGCUUUGUGAGAUAAAACUCUCCUUUUCCUUACCAUACCACUUUGACACGCUUCAAGGAUAUACUGCAGCUUUAUUGCCUUCCUCCUUAUCCUACAGUACAAUCAGCAGUCUAGUUCUUUUCAUUUGGAAUGAAUACAGCAUUGAGCUUGUUUCACUGCCAAUAAAGCCUUUUAAAUCAUCAUUCAA